CUUUUUUAAGCUUUUAUAUCCAUCUUUCUUCCUCCUAUGUUCCAUUGAAGAGCUCUAUCCAUUUUGUAAGCACGUAGAAGCCAUUGUUGUUUUUCAAAAAAUUAAACAUCACAGUCCAAAUCCUAAUUCAGGAAAUUUGUGUGACUUCGAAAUUUUCUGCCCUGUGUUUGGGGAUAAUCUCGUCUCUGUGAACAAGCUCACACAGGCGCCUGAAACAAUCUAGGGUUUUCAGUUCGUUGGGUCUCCUUAAGUUUCCUGAUAAAUUAAAGUUUCUUUAACACUCCAUGGUAUCUCUCAAAUUCGACCUCGAUGAAUUCUUCUUAAACAACCUAGGAGGUGAGUCCAUGGGAGCUACAUUGAAUUCUAUGCCGGUUGUGACCUCUGCGAAAUUAUAGGGUUAUGCAUGAGAAUUUAUUGUGUCUUCAAUCCAUGGGAGCUCUUUCAAGUUCCACUGUGACCAAUCCAGCGUUGGGUAUUAACUUCAAAUGCAGCUUAUUGCCUGUGAAAAAGACUGCAAUCAAAAGAUUUGGGUUCAAGGAAAUUAGGGGAAAUGCAUUGAGUCGUUGUUGUUUGAGAGUGGAGAUUGGUUGGUUUGGGAGAGCAAAGUCUGGUAAUGGAGCUUACAGGCGCGCAGGUGAUCGAAUUAGGUGUUUUAGUGGUGAUGGAAAUGAAGGGGAAGAUAUCUCGAAGGCUUCUGGCUCGACUGCCACGGAAGAACCAGAAGAGAGGAGCAGUAGUUCUAUGAAGUCAGAUGAGCCACCUGCUUCAGUAUCUUCAACGCCUUCAGGUUUUUCUCCAGAACCACCACCUUAUACAAACUUUCAGGUUGAUUCUUUCAAACUAAUGGAACUCCUUGGACCUGAGAAGGUCGACCCAUCUGAUGUAAAGCUGAUCAAGGAAAAGCUAUUUGGGUACACUACGUUUUGGGUUACAGGAGAAGAACCAUUUGGUGAUCUCGGAGAAGGUGUUCUUUUCCUUGGAAACUUGCGAGGCAAAAGGGAAGAAGUUUUUGCAAAACUUCAAUGGCAGCUUAGUGAAGUUAUUGGUAACAAGUACAAUCUAUUUAUGGUGGAAGAGCCCAAUUCAGAAGGACCUGAUCCACGUGGAGGGCCUCGAGUUAGUUUUGGUUUGUUACGAAAAGAGGUUUCAGAACCAGGACCAACAACACUGUGGCAAUAUGUGAUUGCUCUACUCUUAUUUCUUCUGACAAUAGGCUCCUGCCUCGAGCUAGGAAUCGCAUCUCAGUUAAAUAGGCUUCCACCGGAGAUGGUGCGGUACUUCACAGAUCCGGAGGCAACGGAACUGCCUGAUAUGCAAUUGCUAGUCCCCUAUGUGGAAUCUGCUCUGCCUUUGGCAUAUGGUGUGUUGGGGGUUCAGCUAUUUCAUGAGGUUGGACAUUACCUGGCUGCAUUUCCGAAGAAAGUGAAGUUGAGCAUCCCGUAUUUUAUUCCAAAUAUCACACUUGGCAGCUUUGGUGCAAUCACACAGUUCAAAUCAAUUCUUCCGGAUCGAAUGACAAAAGUUGAUGUCUCUAUGGCGGGACCAUUAGCUGGGGCUGCACUUUCCUUUGCAAUGUUUGGUGCUGGUCUUUUCCUUUCAUCAAAUCCAGUCUCUGCAGGAGAUUUAGUUGAGGUGCCAAGCACUCUAUUUCAGGGCUCCUUGCUUCUUGGUCUCAUCAGCAGAGCUACUUUGGGCUUUUCAGCCAUGCAUGCAGCAACAGUGUCGAUCCACCCUCUUGUGAUUGCAGGCUGGUGUGGCUUAACUACAACAGCUUUUAAUAUGCUUCCAGUUGGGUGCCUUGAUGGUGGAAGAGCUGUCCAGGGAGCCUUUGGGAAGAAUGCAUUGCUUGGAUUUGGAUUGACGACGUAUGCCUUUCUUGGCUUAGGAGUGCUUGGGGGACCAUUAUCAUUGCCUUGGGGACUAUACAUUCUCAUUUGCCAGAGGACACCCGAGAAACCAUGCUUAAACGAUGUGUCCGAAGUUGGAACAUGGAGGAGAACGGCUUUAGCUGUGUUAAUAUUCCUCAUCGUACUCAUUCUCCUUCCUUUAUGGGAUGAGUUAGCAGAAGAGCUGGGGGUUGGACUUGUAACAUCGUUUUGAUAUGUAAUUUAUCAUGUGAUUGGUCUUACUUGUUCCGCUCAUAUCUUUUUUGGGAAAAAUGUUUUUGGGGAGGCAUUUUUUGUUGUGA